UAUAAUCUGGUGAGAUAUGAUGUGUAGCAGGAUAACUGGUUAGUUGUAAGGUGAAUAGCUAUGAAAAUUACCACCCAAUCCAUAGGUUGUGUUAAUCUUGCUCUUGCACACUACAUUAGCUUCUUCAUCUCCCCAGCCGCUGUCCUCACAGAAUAUGGGACUAUCUGUAGUAUGAUCUUCACAGUUCUGGCUCAAUCUCACGACGUACUCCCGUUCAGAUAUGUUAGUAGGUAGCGUGCUAACACGGUCGCAAUCGC